AUGCUUGUAUGGAAAGUGGAGUCUGGAAAGGCAUCGCUGCUGCAGCUGGCACUCCUCCACGCCGCUUGGAGAAUGGGGGGCAGCCAGCUCUAUUACUCGGUGCAGGAGGAAUCCCAGCAGGGCACUUUUGUGGGCCACAUUGCCCAGGAUCUGGGGCUAGAGGUGGAUGAACUCGUGACUCGGAUGUUUCGGUUGUUUUCCAAGGAACAAGGAGAAUAUUUCCAGGUAAAUGUGCAGAAUGGGAUUUUAUCUGUGAGUUCUCAGAUUGACAGGGAGAAGCUCUGUGACAAGAAUGCUGUGUGCAUUGUUCACCUGGAUGCCCUUGUGGAGAAACCAUUAAGGAUUUUUCACAUAGAAGUGGAGAUUACAGACAUAAAUGACAAUGCCCCAGUUUUCCCUGCUACAGAGAGGCAAUUUACUAUUGCAGAGUCUAAUAUUCAUGAUUCACGCUUUCCCCUAGAGGGAGCCUCUGAUGCUGAUAUUGCUGCAAACUCUCUGCUUAGCUACAGACUUAGCCCUAACCUGCAGUUCAGUCUAGAUGUAACAGAAACUUAUGAACAUAGUGUUUCUUUAUUCCUUGUUUUAAAUAAACCUCUUGAUAGAGAAGAAUGUGCUGUUCAUCACUUGUUUCUCGUGGCCACUGAUGGAGGUAAUCCACAACUCACUGGCACAGUCCAGUUAGUGAUCCAAGUGCUAGAUGCAAAUGAUAACCCUCCUGUAUUUAAUCAAUCGGUUUAUAAAGUCCAGUUUUUAGAAAACUCAGAAAAUGAGUUAGUGUUUAAGGUAAAUGCAACAGAUUUAGAUGAGGGGACAAAUAAAGAAAUUACAUACAUCUCAAGCACUUUUUCUCCCACAAGUGGAGAAGAAAAGUUCAUCCUUGAUCAUCAAACUGGUGAGAUUUAUGUGAAAGGGCAUUUGGACUUUGAAGAAAGGAGUUUCUAUGAAAUACAAGUUGAGGCAAAAGAUAAUGGAAAUCCUCCAUUAUCAGGACACUGCAAAGUUUUGAUUGAGAUUCUGGAUCUCAGUGACAAUCCUCCAGAAAUUACAGUAAUGUCUUUGUUGAUACCUAUUCCAGAGGACUCACCAUUGGGGAUGGUGAUAGCUGUGAUUACUGUUUCAGACAGAGACACUGGUGCCAAUGGACAAGUGAGCAGUUCCUUGUGGCCAUCUGGGAUUCCUUACAAGCUAGUGUCAACUGGAAAAAAUUACUAUUCACUGGUGCUACAUGAGCACCUGGAUCGGGAACGUGUUGCCGAGUACAGUCUAGAAAUUAUUGCACAAGAUCAAGGGACUCCACCAUUGUCUGCCACCAGAUUCCUAAUGCUUUCAAUCAGUGAUGUAAAUGAUAAUGCACCUACUUUCUCACAGCUGUCCUACACAGUCUUUGUGAGAGAGAAAAAUCCACCUGGUGCUCACAUUUUCACAGUAUUUGCUUCAGAUCCAGAUGUAGCUGAGAAUGCUCUAAUAACCUAUUGGAUAGAUGAGAAGCUCUGGCCAUUGUCCAGCUACAUUUCUGUACAGUCAGAAAGUGGAAAGCUCUAUGUUUUGCAACCUUUGGACUAUGAGGAGUUGAAAUUGCUGGAGUUCCAGGUGAGAGCCAAGGAUGCUGGACUGCCCUCCUUAUGUGGCAACGUGACUGUUCAAGUCUUUGUGAUAGAUGAGAAUGACAAUGCACCUGCCGUGUCAGAAUCAUCAGAAGAGGACUUGAUACUUCUUGUGGUUCCAGUGAUGCCUGGUCAUAUUGUAGGCAAGAUCCAUGCCUUGGAUGCUGAUUCAGGAUACAAUGCAUGGCUAAGGUACGAACUGCUUGAAGAAAACAAUGGUCCAUGGUCUGUGGGCCAGUAUAGUGGUGAGGUGAGUACCAAAUAUUCUCUGGAUGAGACAGAAGGAAGCAAAAUCCAGAGUGUGUUGGUUCUUGUGAAGGAUCAUGGAAAGCCUCAACUCUCAACUACAGCUACCUUGAGUGUGUCAUUGGUGACAAAUGCCCAAGCCAUCAAGGCGGAUAUCCACCUUCACCAGUCAGGGGAGAGCUUUGUGUCCCUGGUGGACUCAGUCAAUGUCUAUCUGAUCAUUGCCAUCUGCUCUGUUUCCAGUUUGUUUCUGCUGGCCAUUCUUAUCUAUGUGGCCCUGCGAUGCCACUGCAAGGCAAAGGAAACCAUGGUGUAUGGCCCUGGCAUGGCCACCCUGGUCUGUGCCAGUGAAGUGGGCAGCUGGUCUUAUUCCAAUCGCCACAGCCACAUCCUGGCAGGUGUGAGUGCAGAGGCUGGUGCCAAGAGUGACCUCAUGAUUUUCAGUCCCAACAUUCCUGCCUAUAUGGAUGUUGGGGAAGUGGGAAUUUUGAGGGAGCCAGUUCUAAAUUCCUCCGGACAGGUGAGUUAUGUGGGUUGGUAUCAUAAUCCUUCUGUUUUGACACGUGUUACAUGA